AUGAGUCGACCAUCUUCAAACCUUGAAGCUCAAUCCCUAAACCCCGCCGAUAUUUUUCUCUUCCGGUUACCGGCUGCAGUUUCAUCGAGGUUAUCCAGAAUGGAAAUUGCUGUUGCUUUUCGAGCUUCUAAUUGGGCGUCAACCCGAUGUGGCCCGGACCGACCCGAUUUGAGGGUCGGUUCGAGGUGCCUGCCCUUCAACGCCUCGAUUCAGCAAAGACAUUCAAUUUACCCAGUGAUGCUGGCCAACGGGAAGGUGAACCUCUUGAGCAGGAGACGCACUGUGAUCAGAGCUUGUAUGCAACCUUCUGAUUCUGGCAACCCGACUGCUCCUGUUGCACCGCUUAAGUUGGAAUCUCCAAUUGGUCAAUUCCUGUCUGAGAUGCUAGUGACCCACCCACAUCUCGUCCCGGAUGCUGUUGAGCAGCAGCUUGAGAAGCUUCAGAUCGACCGUGAUGCCGAUAAAGAGAAAGAGAAGCCAUCUGCAUCCGGCAGCGAUCUUGUGUUAUACAGGAGAAUUGCCGAGGUCAAAGCCAACGAAAGGGACAAGGCCUUGGAAGAAAUACUCUACGCUCUAGUGGUGCAGAAAUUCAUGGAUGCUGACGUGCCCCUGGUCCCCACAAUUGCCCAAUCUUCCCCCAGCAUUUCAGGUUGUGUUGACACGUGGCCUGCCAUGGAAGAUCAGAAGCUCGAGCGCCUCCACUCGCCCGAAGCCUACGAGAUGAUCCAAAACCAUCUCGCCCUCAUUCUUGGCAAACGCCUCGGCCACUCCAGCUCGAUCGCCCAAAUAAGCAAGCGCAGGGCUGGCCAGGUGUAUGCUGCCUCAGUAAUAUAUGGCUAUUUUCUUAAAAGGGUCGACCAGAGGUUUCAGCUAGAGAAGACCAUGAAAUUUCUUCCCGAAGGCACGGAUGGUGAAGUGACUCUGACAGAAGUAAUGGCGGAUGAGAGGAUACCUGCAGAAGUUUCUCCCGAUAACCCCCUGAAGCAUCCGGAAGUUUCUUCUUGGUCGGAUGGUGUUGAUAAUGGAAGUUAUGUCGAGUUAAAGCCAUGCCGGCUGCGGACGUAUGUGAUGUCGUUUGAUGGGGAGACUCUUCAGAGGUACGCGAAUAUUAGGUCUAAGGAGGCUGUCAAUAUUAUCGAGAAACAUACGGAGGCUCUGUUUGGUAGGCCCGAGAUGAUCUUCACGCCAGAUGGGAACAUUGACUCUUCUAAAGACGUGAAGAUUAUGAUCAGCUUUGGUGGGCUGAGGAGAGUUUUUCUGGAGGCCGUGACUUUCGGCUCUAUCCUUUGGGAUGUCGAGAGUUAUGUGGACUCGAGGUACCAUUUUGUCACGCAUUGA